AGGAAGUGCUGGGGCACCAGGCUGCGAGGUGGGCAAGGAGGAGCCAGGGAAGGCAUUGGAGGAGUCGCUGACCAUUUAAUAAACACGUGCUGAGGGUCCACGGGAGCCAGACCCUGGCGAGGCCCUGGGAUAGGGACGGACCUGAAGCAGUAUUUGCCACGAACAAGAGUCAGGCAGGCCCUCACCAUGCCCACCCUCCCUGCUGAAUUCACCACAGAAUACUUGCAGUAUGAUGAGUUUGCGGAAGCCUGUAACAUGGAGGACGUCGUGGCCUUUGGGACUGUCUUCCUGUCCAUAGUCUACUCUCUUGUAUUUGCCUUUGGCCUGGUGGGAAAUUUGCUGGUGGUGUUUGCCCUCAGAAACAGCCAGAAGCCCAAGAGUAUCACCGACAUUUACCUCCUGAACCUGGCCUUGUCCGAUCUGCUCUUUGUAGCCACUUUGCCCUUCUGGACUCACUAUGUGAUAAGUGAACAAGGCUUUCACAACGCUAUGUGCAAACUCACCGCCACCUUCUUCUUCAUCGGCUUUUUUGGAGGCAUAUUCUUCAUCACCACCAUCAGCAUCGAUAGGUACCUGGCCAUUGUCCUGGCCGCCAGCUCCAUGAACAACCGGACCGUGCAGCAUGGCGUCACCAUCAGCCUGGGCAUUUGGGCAGCAGCCAUCUUGGUGGCAGCACCCCAGUUCAUGUUCACAAAAAGCAAAGAAAAUGAAUGCCUCGGGGACUACCCCGAGGUCCUGCAGGACAUCUGGCCCGUGCUCCGCAACGUAGAAACAAAUGUUCUUGGCUUCCUGCUCCCCCUGCUCAUUAUGAGUUACUGUUACUUCAAAAUCAUGCGGACACUGUUUUCCUGCAAGAACCACAAGAAAGCUAGAGCCAUUAAACUGAUCUUUCUGGUGGUCAUCGUGUUUUUCCUCUUCUGGACACCCUACAACAUUAUGAUUUUCUUAGAGACACUCAAUCUCUACAACUUCUUUCCCAAUUGUGACAUGAAGAGGGAUCUGAAACGGGCCCUCAGUGUGACCGAGACAAUAGCAUUUAUCCACUGUUGCCUCAAUCCCCUUAUCUAUGCCUUUGCUGGAGAGAAGUUCAGAAGAUACCUUUACCACCUGUAUCGGAAAUUCCUGGCUGUCCUGUGUUGUCGUCCCGUCCACGCCAGUUUCUCCCAGUCUGAAUCACAAACGAGCAAGCGGGAAAGCAUUCUGAGCAGCAAUUUUACCCACUACACCAGUGAUGGAGAUGCGUCCAUCUUUCUCUGAAGGGAUCCCCAAAACCUUGUCCCAAUAGAGAGCCUGGAGUUCCCAAGUCUGACAGAGAACAAUGAGGACAGAUUUUGUUGUUUCUUACAUGCAAGAAAUGAUGGACCCAAUGCC